AUGUCUAUGUCAAAUCCCACGUGUAUUGAUCCAAAUCCCACGUGUAUUGAUCAAAAUCCCACCUGUAUUGAUAAAAAUCCCACCUGUAUUGAUCCAAAUCCCACGUGUAUUGAUCAAAAUACCACCUGUAUUGAUAAAAAUCCCACCUGUAUUGAUCAAAAUACCACCUGUAUUGAUAAAAAUCCCACCUGUAUUGAUAAAAAUCCCACCUGUAUUGAUCAAAAUCCCACGUGUAUUGAUCAAAAUCCCACCUGUAUUGAUAAAAAUCCCACCUGUAUUGAUCAAAAUCCCACCUUUAUGGAUCAAAAUCCCACCUGUAUUGACCAAAAUCCCACCUGUAUUGAUCAAAAUCCCACCUGUAUUGAUCAAAAUCCCACCUGUAUUGACCAAAAUCCCACCUGUAUUGAUCAAAAUACCACCUUUAUGGAUCAAAAUUCCACCUGUAUGGAUCAAAAUCCCACCUUUAUUGAUCAAAAUCCCACCUGUAUGGAUCAAAAUCCCACGUGUAUUGAUCAAAAUACCACCUGUAUUGAUAAAAAUCCCACCUGUAUUGAUAAAAAUCCCACCUGUAUUGAUCAAAAUCCCACGUGUAUUGAUCAAAAUCCCACCUGUAUUGAUCAAAAUCCCACCUGUAUGGAUCAAAAUCCCACCUGUAUUGACCAAAAUCCCACCUGUAUUGAUCAAAAUCCCACCUGUAUUGAUCCAAAUCCCACCUUUAUGGAUCAAAAUCCCACCUGUAUUGACCAAAAUCCCACCUGUAUUGAUCAAAAUUCCACCUGUAUUGACCAAAAUCCCACCUGUAUUGAUCAAAAUCCCACCUGUAUUGAUCAAAAUCCCACCUGUAUUGACCAAAAUCCCACCUGUAUUGAUCAAAAUCCCACCUGUAUUGACCAAAAUCCCACCUGUAUUGAUCAAAAUACCACCUUUAUGGAUCAAAAUUCCACCUGUAUGGAUCAAAAUCCCACCUUUAUUGAUCAAAAUCCCACCUGUAUGGAUCAAAAUCCCACCUGUAUGGAUCAAAAUCCCACCUGUAUUGAUAAAAAUCCCACCUGUAUUGAUCAAAAUCCCACAUGUAUUGACCAAAAUCCCACCUGUAUUGACCAAAAUCCCACCUGUAUUGACCAAAAUCCCACCUUUAUGGAUCAAAAUCCCACCUUUAUGGAUCAAAAUCCCACCUUUAUGGAUCAAAAUCCAACCUUUAUGGAUCAAAAUCCCACCUGUAUUGACCAAAAUCCCACCUGUAUUCACCAAAAUCCCACCUUUAUGGAUCAAAAUCCCACUUGUAUUGACCAAAAUCCCACCUGUAUUGAUCAAAAUCCCACCUGUAUUGACCAAAAUCCCACCUGUAUUGAUCAAAAUCCCACCUGUAUGGAUCAAAAUCCCACCUGUAUUGACCAAAAUCCCACCUGUAUUGACCAAAAUCCCACCUGUAUUGAUCAAAAUCCCACCUGUAUUGACCAAAAUCCCACCUGUAUUGACCAAAAUCCCAUCUGUAUUGAUCAAAAUCCCACCUGUAUUGACCAAAAUCCCACCUGUAUUGACCAAAAUCCCACCUGUAUUGACCAAAAUCCCACCUGUAUUGACCAAAAUCCCACCUGUAUUGAUCAAAAUCCCACCUGUAUUGACCAAAAUCCCACCUGUAUUGACCAAAAUCCCUCCUGUAUUGACCAAAAUCCCACCUGUAUUGACCAAAAUCCCACCUGUAUUGACCAAAAUCCCUCCUGUGUGAAUUAG